UGCGAUCAACUGCGAGAAUCUGGAUGCGAUGCCGAAAAACGAGCAUAUCGGCACACUGAAUUUCAUGAGCGUGAACAACCUCGAGGGCAACAGCAACAAGCGCACCGAGCUCGACGACUGGGAGGCGCUGAUUUAUGUCCUGGUGUGGCUUGGAACAUUUGGACUCAAUGGCACACCCAAACAUGACAGCGAUGCAGGUGGGCACAGAAGGAUUGCAAGUGUUAAAAUCAAAUAUUGGGUUAACGGCACAAUAUUGAAGGACAUUGCCAGCUACAAGCGCGACAAUUUGGACUGCAGUUCCAUGUUUAAAUCUAUUCUCAACCAGUUUGAUAGUAGGGUGGAUCAUACCAAUGUUCUUGCAGGGUUGUUGAGUAUGAUGCGCAAUAUUCUAAUCGACAAUGCAGGAUGCAGUGAAGACGGUAGGGGCGCAAAUAUGAAACACCUUUUUGACCAUGGCAACUGUAAAUCAUCUGUCUCAAAAGCCACGCCUGGCUUACUUUCUCCAUUAUCCAAAUUCGCAUUGUGGGUUGAAUGGCGAGAUGCUAUGAACAGUCCAAUGAUUGAUCCGUUUAAAGCGCGCGCUGACAUGGCACCAACUAUUGCCAAAGAGCUGCUGGCCAUUUUGGAGAAUAUUGCUGAGUAUUGCCAAGAAUUGUUGAACAAGACAGAAACUGAAAGCAACGAGACAAACACAACAAACUAGUUCAUUUGUUUAUUUUUAGGGAAGCUAAUUUUGG